GGCGAAGAUGGAGGAGGAUAUCCGUGUGCAAGUGGAGGACAACUCGCCCUCGAUAGAGCACAGCUUACGCCCGAUAUCGUACACAUCCUGGCUCCUGGGCGUCGGCGUUGCACGUCCGCGAAAGUGUCCCAAGGCCGUCACGGUAAUCCUACGUAUCGUCCACCUGGCCGUGUGCUCCGUUAUCGUGGCGUACGGCGCGAUAGAUUUCUUCACCUUCGGCAACGUCUUCAAGAGCGACAUAUUCAAGAUCAUGUACUACAUGAACAAGGUGAUGUGCUACGUGUCGGCGUAUUACUACGUUUAUCACGGGAUCGGGCAGUACGACAAGUGGCCGGAGCUGAUGGACAGGAUGAAAGAGUUGGACCAGAAGAUCAGAAGGGAGACCCCGGUGAACGACCGGCCCGUGAAAACCGUGGAGACGCUGGCGAUCCUCGCGACGCUCGCUUGCGGCCCUUUGUCCCUGAUCGUGCACGCCCUGUAUUACUACUUCACGCGUCCCGAGGACAUCUUCGCGUCCGAUUUGCUGCUGUACUACACGAUAGCCCAGUCGUUGAUCAACAGCUUCGUCUUCGACGUUGUCGUCUACGUGCUGUAUCACAGAUUCCAAACGAUAAACGAAUUGCUCGGCCAGUUGGACGAGCUAUUCGGCGCGCCAUGGAUCGCGCUCAAGAUUAGACGCAUCAGAGAAUUGCACACCGGUAUUUGCGAUCUGGUCAUCAUGGUGAACGACAUUCACGGCUUUCAUCUCCUCCUCUGCUCGGCGAACUGCUUCACCAUGGUCGUGGCUACGCUAUUCAGGAUCUACAUGGGCGUCGUGGAGAAGAACUACGCGUUCAUACUGAUAAAUAAUAUCCUUUGGAUUUUGUACGCCGCGCAAUUCGGUCUGAUGUGCUGGAUUUGCACGUUCGCGCGUCAAGAAUCCGACAGGACUGGGAGAAUUAUAUACGCAAUUGUAUUGAAUUACAAGCCUGCGAAUCUUGGUGCGAAGCUAAACGCUGCGAGGAAUCGAUCAAGCAUAGAGAUGCCACCGCCAUUGGAAGGCCCGGACGGCGAGCAAAAUUCUAAUCGGAGUAGCAGUUACAAUCUGAACUACGUCGUCAUGGAAAAUCUCUUGCGCAAAAACCUGGACCGGGACUGUGUUAGAAACGAGGUCAACGAUUUCUCGAUUCAGCUGCAGCAGCAUCGAGUAGCAUUUACGGCCUGCGAUUUCUUUGAAAUGAACAAUGCUCUGCUUAGUGGUUUCGUCGGAGUGAUUACUACUUAUCUAAUAAUCCUCGUUCAGUUUUACCGACCCGAAAAUCCGGACGCGCAAUUUAACGGAAAAUGCUAAGUGAGAUAUUGCGGUAAGAGAGAUA